UCUCAGAAUGACAAAGCAAGAAUGAACUUCUGUUGUAAAAUCAGCAAUGUAAAGUUUCAACCAAUGGGUUUAAUUUUUACAAAUGUUCCACAAAGCUUUAAACAUUCCCUCUGUUAACCAUUUUUCUCCUUUAGAGUGUUAUGACUGUGAGGUAUAAACAAAUGAGCCAGGUGAGACAGAUCCUCAGCCAGGUUGAACACAGAGCACUAGGAUGAAGUUUGAAGAUCUUCUCUCAGAAAUUAAUGGAUUCGGAUGUUUCCAGAAGAUGGUCCUGUGCAUCAAUUUCUUUGGGCGAUUCAGUCUUGCGUGUCAUUUUUUGUUAGGCAACUUUAUUGCUGUUAUCCCAUCUCACCAUUGCAGCAUCAGCUCUCUGGAUGCUGAUGAGAUCUUUGAGAACCUGACUCAAGAGGAGAGACUGACUGUCAGUAUUCCAGUACAGAAAGAUGGGACUCCUGCUUCCUGUCACAUGUUCUCUUAUCCUCAGUUCCACCUGCUGUCAAACUCCUCCAGCCCCUCAGAGGUUGCUGCAGUCCAGUGCCAGAAUGGAUGGGAGUAUGACAACAGCAUAUUCAUCAGCACUCUCACCACACAGUGACAGCCUUUGACAGCCUUUCUUGGACAUUUGCCUUCAUGAGCUUUUCACUGAUUGCAUACUUCAUUCGAGACUGGAGAUGGCUGACAGUUGCCAUCUCAUUGCCCACUGUUAUUGCCACAAUCACUUGGUGGUGAGUGUAAAUAAACCUAAUCAGACGUCAUUAAAACAUCUGAAAAUCAUUUGGUACAUGUAAUAUGCCUUUUUUCAAAAAGUAGCUUGCAGAUCAGAGUACA